AUGAGCGACAAAGACAAUGACAACAACAACAACAACACCAACAACGAUAAACCACAAUACGAUCCGGUCAAAUUACCCAAAACACUGAAGGACUGGAUGGAAUGGAACCGCAACUGUGACAUGUGCAUUCAAGUGUGUCGACCUCCCACCGAGCACAAUCGUAAUCCAGGGUGUAAGACAAUGUGCCUUGUUCGAGCAUUGGAACCUACCCAACAACCACCAUCCAUUUGGCAAUACAAUCCCCUUCGCAAUUACGCCAUAUCAGUAAAAGCAACAAGCUAUGAAUCGCCUCCUUCAAUAGCGGAUAUGCAAGUAUUCAUUUCAACGGAUCCUGAUUAUAACAUCAAUCUUGGCGAACAGCUGGAUCGAGUAGGACGACAAGCUAGCCAUGUGGCCAAGAUGUCAUAUGAUGCAUCAAAGAACUAUGUUGAUUCUUGGAAGGAUGGAACACAAGCAACGUUUUUUCGAAGGGUCUAUGAAGUUACCACCAAUAAGGAUCAGUUACAACUUCUUAAGGAUCACGCCAAAAAGACCAUUGAUGUGUUUUGGAAUGGGGAUGACAAGAACAACAAGAACAACAAGCCUAAAGACAACAACAACAAUGAAGACAAGAAGAAGGAUCCACCAUCCGAUGAGAAGAAGGACAAUGACGAGUAA